AUGAGGUCUGUUUCCGGACGAUGUGCCGGAAAAUGGUUUAACGCGAGUGGAGAUAUAUUUUUUUCUGAGUUGCAUCGAGAUAGACUAUCUGAAGCCAUAGCGGCAGAUCACACAGCCCUGCAACUCUUAGAAGCAAAAAAUUCUGGAAAUAAGAAGCAACGCAGGCUACUUCAGAAUAGACAAAGUGCUUCCAACGUUGCAUUGUUACGGGGACGACGGGGGUUAUCAUUAGAAUUUGGAGAGUUUCCCGUGAAUUUCCAGAACAUUGUCCUCAGCAAACUUUCAGGAAAAGUACAAAUGGCCGCAACGCUGGCCAAUCCAGUCGUUAGUGGCGGAUUGACAUUCUCAGAUGGGUUCAUUUCGUUGGGAAACGCAGCGGGGGUGCCUAGAGGUGCCUUAGGAGCUCGAACAAAGAAUGCAAUGGUGCGCAAGGUUCCGCCAACUGCCGAUAUGUCGUUGAAAGAUGAAAAUCACCUUCGAGGAAGGGAGAAGAGUGAAACAGACGAGAACAUCAACUUAGAAGCAAGUACAGAACUAACAACACAAGACAAAUUGCUCCCGAAUGGGGAUGCUAGUAUUUUAUUAAGUGGUCUCCGUAUUAACAUAGGUCGGGGUAUGAAGGUGAUACAACCGUUGGUACUGAACUUGGACACUACUGGAACUCUAGUCCUAGAAGGUUCACCGCAAGCCCCACAGAUAGAAGGAGAAAUUCGUUUACUGCGAGGACGAGUGAAUUUAUUAGCCACGCGGAUGUCGAUUCGCAAAGAUGCAAAGAAUUACGUCAGAUUUGUGAAGUCUGACGAGACAAGCCCUUCAACAGCUGAAGAUAGCCCAGAGCCUCUCAUCAAUGCCACCCUCGAAAGUGAGAGGUUGCUUGUACGAAUUCCAGAAUGCCGUUUAUCGAAAUGGGCAGAGCAUUUAGAAGUGACGGACAGGAGUGGGGAUCAGAUGAGUGGAGCGACGUGGGACGCGCUUGUACAAUCAGAGUUGAAGGAGCUACGCAACCCCGAAGCAGCAGCGAGACUAUUUGCGAAGUAUGCGUUUCAAGCUGUGGAGGCGGGGGGGAAAGCCGGUAAAUUUGAGUGGCGAGUGUUCCCAGCCCUCGUAAAGAAGAAUGACGGCAAGUCCGGAAAGCUGAAGGAUGAAAUCGGAGCUGGCGCGGAAGUUGAAGUAGGAGGACUCGCUAUCGGUGGGAAGCGGUCAGUGGAUGGAACAGUGGGGGGGAAAGUGAGAUUGAGAUUACGGGACUGGUUGAGUUGGGAGGUGGAGCAGGAGGGUGCCGCAAACACGAGAACGAUCAAGCUGGAGGUGGAUUUGACGCCCAAGCGGUGGAACGAGAAUAUAGGUGGUGAUCGGGAAGCUGAUGCAUCGAAUACUAAUGAAGGACAAAGUGACCGCCAGAAACGAAAGGAUAAGAAGGGGACGACGCGACUGCAGGGUGAUACGGGUCCGGACAAAGAAGAAAGCAAAAAAGAGGGAGCCGGAGCUGAGAAUACACACAAAGGUCCCUCUGAAACGAAGGUUGUGACGGAGGGAACAUCUACAGCAGAGAAAGAACGUGUGGAAGAUACAAAGUUGGGGCUGAAUGACGCAAGUGAAGGGGUGACUUCAAAGGAUGAAAAGACAAUUGACAGUGAAAAUGCAUCUAAGGGCAGCGGAAAGUAG